AUGUCCUUUUCUGUCGGCAACCUCAUCCACCGUACUAUGGUGUUCGGCUGCAUCGGCUUCGGCGUCUACGGCACCGUCGUCAUCACCCAGAACCUCAUUGUCAAGAGCCAGAGGCUGAAGGAGUUUGAGGCUGAGCAGGCCGCCGGCACCGUGUCCCCUACCGAGGAGGCACCCGCCUUGACCACUACGUGGCGCAAGUAA